AUGAACUUCACUGGACGGCGUGAAUGAGGCCGUCGUGCUGUUGUUGUUGUGGCCUGCUUUGUUUAUGUGUUGCUAGUACACUCAUGUAGCAUAUAUUAUAGAACACCAGCGCAGUACAGACUGAGUUAUUUCUCAUAUUAAGUAUAUAUUCUGCAGAUUAAAUUUCAUUAACUUGUUCGUGUCGCUGUGGAACUGUGCUCAUAUGUGCAACAUGGGAUGGGUGGAUGUCUUAGUUUAGACAGAGAGGGAGCCAAGGCUAGAACGCGAAGUGAAGAAAUCGACAGGCAACUUGCAGAAUUGGCAAAGCAAGAGCGAAAUGUCAUCAAAAUACUGUUACUCGGUGCAGGAGAGAGCGGAAAGAGCACGUUGGUAAAGCAGAUGAAAAUCAUCCACAGUGAUGGCUUCACAAGAGAGGAGCUCAGCAGCUUCCGGCCAACGGUCAUGGAUAACCUCUUAUCCUCCAUGAAGUAUGUGCUCAGCGGCAUGGGUCUGCUGAGGAUAAAUCUACAGUCUCAUAAAAAUAAGUGGCAUGCACAGACAAUCCUGACCAGCUCCAGCUGCUUUGACAAGCAGUUCAAUGUCUUACCAGAUGUGGCUAAUGCACUACACGAACUAUGGGCAGACCGAGGAGUGCGAUUGGCCGUGGCACGUGGAUAUGAGUAUGAGCUUAAUGACUCUGCCUUAUAUUUAUUUGAAAACAUGGAUCGAAUCUGUGAUGAAAAAUAUGUGCCAACACCAACAGAUGUCUUAAGGGCAAGGGUUCGCACAAAUGGCAUCAUUGAAACACACUUCAAAAUCAAUGAUGUUAUUGUCAGCAUGUUUGACGUUGGGGGGCAGCGAUCUCAGAGAAGAAAAUGGAUCUACUGUUUUGACAAUGUCAGGGCUGUGAUGUUCGUUGUUUCACUCAGUGGUUAUGAUAUGACGUUACUGGAGGAACCAUCAGUAAACAGACUGGAUGAAAGUCUCACUCUGUUCUCACAGAUUGUAAACAAUUGCUUCUUUCGUGAAGCUUCAUUUGUUCUCUUUCUCAAUAAAUUUGAUCUCUUCCGUGAGAAAAUUUUGUAUUCUGGUAGACACCUUCGACUAUAUUGUCCUGAUUACAGAGGUCCAGAUUAUGAUGUUGACCGUGGUGCUCUCUUCAUUCAACAUAAGUUUCUUAUUCAGAAUCGCAGCCCAACUAAGAUUAUCUACCCACACUUUACUACGGCAACUGACACAUCAAAUGUGCAGGUGGUUUUCCAGGUGGUUGUCGAUACUGUUGUGAAAGAAAAUCUCCGACAUGUGACACUUUUGUAAGUGAUGGCAUAACUCAGAACACAAUGUAUUCUGACGGAUCUCAAAUAUCUUGCCAUUCAGUCUCUCUUAAAUUGAACAUAUGUCUUGUUGUUUCUAGUAUUUUAUUGUUGUGCCAAAAAUUCUCAUUUAGUGCAAUUUAUUAUAUUACUAUUGGCAUAAGUAAUUUUGUUCUGCUGAAUUAAAUGUUUAAUUAUUUGUACUUAGUCAUUUUUAUUUUGAGUCUUUACAAAGAAUUAUUUCUGUUUGAUGUAAAGUAAAUAUAUGUCUGUUGGACUGAAUGUUUCAUGUUUGAUAUUGGUAACAUGUGAAGACAUACUACAUCUCUUAACCCUGUGGAGCAUGUUCUCGUUGUGUCACCUUUUGUAGAAAGAACAUCUACUUAGUUUUUUAAAAAAAUCUGUUAAAAUUCUACUUACUUAAAAGAAAAUCCCUGUGGUGCCCCUGUGAUCUCCAGUUUCCUACUACAGGGGAGUAGAUCGACAUAAUUCUAGGAUGUAAUGCGGUUCUGAAACAUUUUAAUACAUACAUAGUCAAUUUCCUGCACUCUGUGUACAAGAUAUACUCCUCUCAUUUCCAAUGGACUAUAUAAUAGUGUGACAACCAACCCUUUAGAAAC